AUGAAACCGGAUUGUGAUGAACUGGGAGGGGAGAAGGGAAGCCAUGGUGAUGGUUAUUGGGAGAGCUGCUGCAGCUGGGAGGGUGGUCGUGGGCGUGGGUCUGAGAAUGAGAAGGAGAAGAGUGAUAAGAACGAGAAGGGUCAGAAGAAUGGCGAGACUGAUAAGGGUGGCGGCGGUGGUGAGAGAAAUGGGAGUGAGAAUGACAAGAGUCACAAGACUGAGCUUGUAAAGAGUGAGAAGAAUGAGAAGAGUGGGAAUGAGAAGAAUGAGAAGGAGGAAGUUCAACACGAGGCGACGAUACCAAUGGAGGAGGACUCGGCACCAGAGCCUGCUGCCAAGCAUGCAACCAGCGGCAGUGGCGGUACAGAGGAAGCUUAUAAGGGGGACGGCGCUGAGGCGAUGCAAGUGGAGGAGGUGGGAGAUGAUGGGGGAUUCAGGGGCAUGGAGGAAGUGGCGAGCACACCGGAACUAGAGAGGGAGGUGAAGGGCGGAACCCAGACGUCUAGCAGCAGCAGUGAUGGCAUGCUGACAACGUCCACAGCCCUGCCCGCCCUCCCCCCUCGCCCUGCCCCUCCGCCGCCCAGCCCUCUCUCCAUCCCCAUCGCCCUCUCCAGAGGUUUCCUCACCACCAGGCCGGCACAAGAAGACAAAGCAGGCCUAAACCCUAAUCCCUCCUCUUCUCCUGCUUGGCGUCAGGCCGAUCCGUUCAAUCUCAGUGCUCCUUUCAGUCACACGAAUCAAUUGAAUCACCACGUCGUGGGACAGGGGCAACACCAGCAGCAGCAGCAGCAGUCAUAUGCCAUUCCUUUCCUGAAAUCCCCCCAACCGUCCGCCCGAUCACCCCUCUCCCCACCUUCCCCAUUGCAACGUUUCUCCCCACUCCACCGCUCUUCAACCCUCAACCGCCCCUCCACUCUUCUCCACUCCUCCCCUCUCUCUCCUCCUUCCCCCCUCCACCGUUCUCCUCUCUUUCCUCCUUCCCCUCUCCACCGCUCUUCCCCUCUCACCCAUCUCCACCACUCCUCACCUCCCACCACCCUUAUAAACCACGAGCUCGCCCAUUUCUUCUCUUUACCUGAGCUCGAUGCCUCUAUGCUACACAGUAACUCCUCUCCCUGCGUCUUGCCCCUCGACCUCUCCCCGAGCCUCUCCAUGCCGAACCAGCUUGCGCCGAACCUGGACCACAUGCCGAGCCUGAGCUUGCCACCCCCGGCAACAGGCUUGGGAGAAGGUGGGGAGGCUGGGCAUGGGGCGUUGAGGCUGGAAGGGGGAAAGCAGCAGCAGCAGCAGCAGCAGCAGCAGCAGCAGCAGCAGCAGCAGCAGCAGCAGCAGCAGCAGCAGCAGCAGCAGCAGCAUCUGUUUCCCCUGUCUGCGGCUGCUGCUACUGCUCUUGUUGCUGCUGGUGCUGGUGCUGCUGUUAGUGCUGUUGCUGGCGCUGGUGCUGGUACUGCUGUUGCAGCAAGUGCAGAGCAGCAGCAGCAGCAGCAGCAGCAGCAGCAGGUGGUAGGGAGAGUGGAUCAACAGAGGGUCCAAGAGGAGAGGGAGAGGAACAAGGCCAGGUGGAAGGGGCUCAUUGCAUCUCAUCCUCUUUAUAAGCAGAUGCUCAACGCACAUGUGGCAUGCCUUGAGGUGGCGACGCCACUGGACCAGCUGCCGCUGAUUCAAGUGCAGAUGGAGCGAGCAGACCUCGUUGCCUCCACCUACACUCGCUUGCUCCACGCCUCCGCCCCCACCACCACCACCACCGCCACCGCUGCUGCUGCUCACGCUUCUGCUGGUGUUAACACCAACGGUACUGCUGAUGCCUCUGCUAAUGCCAUCGGGCCUGCAAAAUCAGGUGCUCCUGCUGUUGCUGGUUCUCCCUCUUCCACUCAUACUGCCGCAGCAGCAGCAGCAGCAGCAGCAGGAGCAGCAGUAGCAGCAGCAGGAGGAGGAGCAGCAAGUGUGGCUGGUCAAAAGUUUUCUGCCAAUGGGAACGUGCCAUGUGGCGGUCAGGGGUUGGCGUCCGAUACGGAAGAAGCUGAGCUGGACAACUUCAUGGGUCAGUUUGUGAAGCUGCUGCGGGCAUUCAAGGAGCAACUGGAGGAGCACAUUCGAGUGCACGCCAGGGAAGCGGUUACCACCUGCGCCCGGCUCAAGCAUGCCGUUGCUGCUGCUGGCAACACUGCUGCUGACAAGCUCGCUGCUUCUGGGGCCACCAUGUCGGACGAUGGAGGGGUGGGAGGGGGUAGGCCCAGCAGCAAUGGGGGCAUUAGAGCCUUGGAGGAUGCAUGCAACAGCCAUGGGAAUGGGCACACGCAUGGGUAUAAUAAUAGUCAUGGCAGUGGGUACAACAGCCAAGGGAAUGGAUAUACCAGGCAUGGUCAGGGGCUGUCUGAAAGCCAUGGUCAUGGGUGGAACGGUGCACUCAACCCGUUUGCCCCAGCUGCUACUGCUACUGCUGGUGGGGACAGGAGUGCGGUGGAAGAGGCACUGCUCAAGGAAUACGGCAGAGAGGGGUUCCGCGCUCGCCUGCUGGGAGUGAGGGAGGAGAUCAUGCGCAAGAGGCGUGCGGGGAAGCUUCCAGGAAACACCACGCAGGUGCUCAAGGCGUGGUGGAACGAGCACAUCCAGUGGCCCUACCCUACGGAGGAGGAGAAGGCGGGGCUCAUGGCACAGACGGGGCUGGAGCUGAAGCAGGUGAACAACUGGUUCAUCAACCAGCGCAAGCGCAACUGGCACGGCAACCCCGCUGUCGCAGCGGCACAGCACAAAGGGCCCAAACAGGCCAAGCGCAAAUGA